UCCCCACAUCACAACUCUACCAAUUGCAGCACCAGCACCAGCAGCUCCCCCAUUAUCAAGUUAAUUACCCCAAAAAAAAAAUCCAUGGGGCAAGAGAAAUUUCCAUGAAUCUUCUUGAAAUACUUAACAACCUUCCUUCAAUUCACAUGCCCUUUGCCGUACCCGAGACUUCACACACAUAGAUAUAUCAGUCUUUCUUUUCUCAAACAAGAAAAAAGCACUCUUUUUAUUGUUCUUGUUGCCAUCUUUUCUUGAUCGAGAUAGGAAGAGAAGAAAGGGGUGUUUGUGUAUGAGGGUUUGGUAUGCUUCCCUUUGUUUUAUGAUCAAAAGGUGUUAGCUUUCAGGUUUAGAUAUAGAGAUGGAGAAGAAGCGCCCUUCUAAAGGCUGCAGCCCUCUUGGCUUGAUCAAGAAAAUUGCUGGUUUAGAAGGUUCUUCACCCGAUACUGGAAAAGGGAAGAGCAAGUCUUCACCGAUCACGAACCAAGUGAGCCAUGGCUUCCACUUGGUGAAAGGGCAAUCGGGUCAUGACAUGGAAGACUACCAUGUUGCUGAGUACAGGAAGAAGAGGGAUCAUGUUCUUGGUUUGUUUGCAAUCUACGAUGGCCACCUAGGCGAUCGUGUCCCCACUUAUCUAAAGGAUAAUCUCUUCGACAAUAUACUGCGAGAGCCUAAUUUUUGGGAGGAUCCCACUUCGGCUAUAAUAAACGCGUAUCAUUCAACCGAUAAACUCAUCCUAGAGAAAUCCAUGCAAUUAGGACCGGGUGGCUCGACUGCAGUUACUGCAAUUGUCAUCGAUGGAAAGCACCUGUGGGUGGCAAACAUUGGAGAUUCGAGGGCGGUCAUUUGUAGGAAUAAAAUUGCGGAACAGCUCUCCGUGGACCACGAGCCCCAUAGUGAGAAGAAGAGGAUCGAGAAGCAGGGUGGUUUUGUGACGACUCUUCCCGGUGAUGUACCUCGUGUCAACGGCCAGCUUGCUGUUGCACGCGCCUUUGGGGACGAGAAUCUCAAAGCACAUUUGAGUUCGGAGCCCGAUGUGCGUGGCAUACGCAUUGACUCGACCACACAGUUUGUCAUAUUGGCUAGUGAUGGCUUGUGGAAGGUAAUGAGCAACCAAGAGGCGGUCGACGUGGUAAAGAACAUCAAGGACCCUCAAGCAGCUGCGAAGCGUCUGACCACGGAGGCUUUGACGAGAAAGAGCAAAGACGACAUAUCGUGCAUUGUGAUUCGCUUCGGCUGAUGCCACGAGAGAAGAAUGCGGUCGAGUAACGGUUCAUGUGAUCUAAAGAGUGUUUGAAUAAUUUGGUUUGUUUGCUGGGAAGAAUCAAAGUAGAUAGUUUGCAUCUCUCUCUCUCGAAAGCAUUGUUUGGAGUAGAUAGGGAAAAAUCACUUUUUUCUUAAUUUUUGUUAAUAAUGGCAGAUUUCUCAUGUAGUUUGAGUUGAAGACUUUUUAUAUGCUUGAUGUGUAUGUAUAUAGAUAUGAGAAAUAACUAAAACUGAGAUUAGAAAUGUAUUUUGAACUGGUUUGUUUCUUCUUCCUUGAUGGUAUGUAUGUAUUGUCCUAUUUCAUUUUUAUUUUCAUGAAAUAUAGUCCACAUUUUUGUUA